CGAGGGGCUGAAGCUCAGUGUGUGUGUGACAGCAGCAGGAUCAACACACACAGACGCUCACAGACUCACACACACACACACUCCUGGAAACACCGGUAACUUCUCCCGUUAAUCCGCCAUCAUGGAUCUGGACCCGACCUUCGUUAUUCCCGCCAUCCUCUUCACUGUCGUGGCCAUUUAUUUCGCCUCGUCGUUCCUCAAUAAAAAGCCCGAUGCCUCCGCCGCCGCUGCCCGGAACAAGACGCCCAAAGUCGGCUACGGAGACGACGUCCCUCCGUCCAGAGCUCUGGGGCAGCCGCGCCGACCCGAGCCCGAAGUGUCCCCACGGACUGAGCCUCCUGCCCCGGCUGAGAAGAUCCAGGUCGUCCCGGUGAAGGUUGAACCAGAACCAGUGAAAGAACCAGAACCUGUCCCAGAAUCAGAGCCUGUCCCAGAACCCGUCCCAGAAUUAGUCAAAGUCCCAGAGACGGUACCAGAACCAGUUUCAGCACAAGAAGUAGCUGCUGUAUCAGAAGCUGUUCCAGAGCCAGAACUUGAGCCUGAACCAGUGCCAGUACCAGAAGAUGUACCAGUACCAGUUGAAGUCCCAGAAGCAGUUGAUGUCCCAGAACCAGUUGAAGUACCAGAACCAGUUGAAGUCCCAGAAGCAGUGUACGAAUAUGAUCCAGAACCUGUGAUGGAAUCUGAACCGGUACCUGAAGUGGUCCCAGUGGAGGAGGAGUCUUUACCUGAGCUGAUACCUGGUCUCACAGAAGAAGACCUGCUGACCCCUGAACUCUUGAUUGAGACUGACAGAGAACCAGAACCAGAGAAUGUCCUGAACAACGACGAGGCUGCAGCUGAAGAUCAGGUGAAGUUCACUCCUGGAAAGAAACAGAGCAAGUUCGAGACCCUGAUGACCGAAGAGGAGAUGGAGGAGGAGCAGAGGGUGCAACAGGAGCAGCUGGCGGCCAUCUUCCUGCUGCUGAGGGAGAACCAGGAGGCGCUGGGCGAGGUGACGGAGGGCGACAUGGAGGAGCAGCUGAAGCUCUACUCGCUCUGAGACAAUAGCAAACCUCCACACAACCCAAUGUAAAAUAUCGUAAUUGAAACCUGAGACGCUGAUUUAUUAUCGGAUUAUAUUAAUUUAUUUUAUCUGAAUCUGUAAAGGAACGAAAGUAUCGUGUGUGUGGAGUAAAAAUAUUAAGCAGCACAACAUGUAAAUACUCACAUGAAGUACAAGUACCUCAGAAUUAGUUUUUUCAUUCAUUUAUUAGUUUUUUUUGUCGCUGAAAAAAACAAAUGUCAAAGUUUGAAUUUAAUUUAUUGAGAAUGUCUUUAUGCUAAGCUAAGCUAAGAGGAAUGAUUAUUUGACUUUCUGAUGUUAAAAUAAAUCUGUGAACUCUGUAGCUACACUGUAAAAUAAUCUGUCACAUUUAUUCAUCGAACUGAACUCGAUGACACGUCUGUUUUACAGCUUGUUUAGCUUUAAAUGACGACAAAACAAACAAACAACAGCAACAUGGUCCCAAGUUUAGGUUUCAUUAAAUAUUAAUUUUCUUUGGUCACAUAUGUUGAUCUUUGUUUUUGACUUAAUUCACAUAUAACUUGAAAAAACCCUUUUCCAGGAAUAUACGGUUUUAUUUCUCCUAAACUAAUUCACUUUUUGUUUUAGCUUUUUUGUAAUGAUAUUAUGAUGUAUAUAAACCAAUAUUCAUUCUUUUCAUGUCAAAAUAUUUUCCCCAUCAAAUAUUAUGAAUUCUCAGGAGUUCUUUUUAAAUGUAGUUUUUCCUUUUGAAAUGUAAAAAUUUUAUAUCAGAAUUAUUUGACUUUCUCCUUAAUUAUUAGUUGAGUUUCUAAAAAGACCAAAAUAUUCCUCUCAAUUAUAUAUUUUUGAAAAUAUAAAUUUUAUAUCAAAAUAUUUUAACUUUCCUGAAUAAAAUCAUCAAAAACUUCUCUUGACUAUUAGAACUUAAAAACUCAUCUCUCAAAUUAUUGCUAGUAUUUUCUCAGUAUUAAUGAAUAUUAAGACGUUUCCUUUGUUAGGACCUUUUUCUGAGAAUAUUAUAACUUUACUAUUUUCUGUCUAAGAGGUAAAGAAUUUUCUAGCUUGUAGAGGCGAUUGUUACUGCUGCAUUCUGGGUAACGUAGUGUCCAAGUGAUCCCGACAGUUCUUGGGGAUCGUGUCGUCCGUCACUGACGAUCAACGACGUCAUGAUUUUUUUUUAACGUAUACAAUUCAACCAACUAUAUAUAUUGAGAGUUUUAUUUCAGAUUUUUUCUGAAAUCAUUUCUUUCUUGAUAAUAAAAAUAUGUUAAAAAACUUGAUGCUAUGGAUUUAUUCUGAUGACAUAAGGAAAAACCCUUGAUUCAGUAAAACGAUGCUAAAUGUUCGUGUUAAUUGUUGAUAUGUAAAAUUCAAACUGACAUUUAGUGACAUCUAGUGGUAAGUCUGAGUAUUUCUACCUACUGAAUGGAUUUAAAGAUUCUUAUGUCAGACGAUUCAAACACUGAUGGAAAAUGACUAUUAUUAAAUAUAAUUAUUCCAGUUCAUCAGGACAAUAAA